GAGAGAGAGAGAGAGAGGUAAGAAAUGGCUUCGGGUGGCUCGACGACGAGGUGGUGUCCGACGCCGGAGCAGGUUAUGCUGCUGGAGGAGAUGUACCGGAGCGGCGUGCGGACGCCCAACGCCGCCCAGAUCCAGCAGAUCACCGGGCAGCUGUCGUGCUACGGCAGGAUCGAGGGGAAGAACGUCUUCUACUGGUUCCAGAACCACAAGGCCAGGGAGAGGCAGAAGCUCCGGCGAAGGCUCAGCCGCCACUACCACCACCUCCUCUACUGCCAACGCUCCUCCUUCUUCAACAAUCCCCCGCCUCUGAUUACUGCACACCAUGCUCUGCAACAUUAUCACACGGCUCCAGCUCCUUCAAUCUUUCUCAAUAACCAGGAGGUAAAUGCUGAAGCAACGAACUUCGGUUGCUGCAGGGCGCCUCUCAAAACGCUUGAUCUCUUCCCCACGAGCAGCAGCAGUGCAGGGGCGGAGGAGGAAGAACCCAAGGCUGCAACGGUGCCUCUAAUGGCGCAACCACAAGGAAUUAGUUUAGUAAAUAGGGGGGAAGCUCGCUAA